UCGAUGGCAACACCAACAACACCAGCAGAGACCAGCAGCUAGCGACUCCUCUCUGAGCGAGAGAGCGAAUAGCUUUUCAGCUUUAGCUUUUCUUGGGCCGAUCGGAAAUUGUAUUUGAUUGAUGAUUAAUUGCGAAAGUACAAAAUCAAGAAGCCGUACAGAUUUGUUGUUAAGAAUCCGUGCCUAAUAUAAGUAAAUUGCUAGAACAAUGGGUGAAUUUGCGGAGAGUAUAGAAAGAAUUGCCCUCGAGCUGCUGAGCAACUUGGUCCAAGGCAAUGCCACUCUACGUGUUCCCCGAAAUUCAGCCGGAAACAUGAUCACGGAAUAUCGACGGGUCAGCUAUAAUAAUCACGGAAGUCGCCAUAGCUUUUGUUUGCUGAUUUACAUGCUCUCCCGUGUACACCGAUUGCAAGUCCGUGGAGGAAGCUUCACCGUCCGUGGACUAUACUAUGACAAUCCCCUGCUCAUCCGGUCGCAGUCCAGGAUUGCCGAAGCCAGGCUGGAUGUCUGUCGUAUGCUGAGCACAUCCCCACUAAGGUUGGGCAUACUGGCCGCCUCCAAGGGCCUGGUGGCAGGCGACCUAAGGCUGCUUAUGACCAACGGAGAUGUUCUGGACAGUAGCUUGUAUGGUGGACCUAUGACAUUGCCCACGGAUCCCGAGAAGAUAGAUCGAAUCGAAACUCAGGCGGAAUUUGUACUGAUCGUUGAAAAGGAGUCGGUGUUUGAGAGUCUCUUAUCUAGAAAUGUUUUUGGAACUUUUAAACGCCGGUUCAUCCUGAUAACUGGAAAGGGAUACCCCGAUUGCUGUACCCGGAGGAUUGUCCACCGACUCACCAUGGAGAACCAACUGUCGGCCUACAUUCUCGUGGACGCCGAUCCAUUUGGCGUCGAGAUAAUGCUUGUCUAUCGUCAUGGCUCGCAGUCGAUGAGUUUUUCCAGCCAAGGACUAACCACUCCUGCGCUGCGUUGGAUUGGGCUACACCCCUCGGAGAUUCCCGCACUCGGCACUGUAGCGGUUGCCCUGGUUGCCGGCGACAACAAGAAAAUCAAUGACCUCCUCGCCCGCAACGAUUUGGAGCCGGGAGUGCGGCAGGAACUGCGCAUGCUGCAGGACGUUCAGUUAAAGGCCGAAAUCGAGAGUGUCGUCGACUUCCUGACCGACGACUAUAUACCGAAUAAAAUCAAUCGGAACUUGUUUUUGUAGUGCUCAGUGGUAAACUCCAUAAGCCAAAUAUGAAUUCUUACGAUUGUAUUACUCAGUUUGUACCAAAUCAAUCUAUACUGAAAUACCAUAAGACUCCUAAAAUAGUUUUAUAACUAUUAGUUCGCGUAAUUGAUUUUCCAUUAAUAUUUGAGUUAAUUAAAAUAGUAAUUAAACAAUUAAAUUCCUUGUUGUUUGGGAAUCCGAUUUUUUUUAAUGUUAUUAAGUUUUAAGUAUAGUUUUAAUGCAGCUACAUGUAGUCUUGAUAUAACUAAUUAAUAUUAAAUUACCUUAAGAUCGCUGCCAUGAAAAAGAUAAAUUGAAUAGCUAGAUAAUUAACGGAGAAUAGCAACUUACACUCGUAAUGUCUGAGUAAUCUGCUUCUAGUGGUUCGUAUUGAGUGGUCAACUUGAUUUUCUGCAUUACUUUGUGUGGACAAAGCUAGUAGACUCAAGCAGACAAAGGAGAUUAUUUUUUUUUUAUUGUGCUUUUAAAGUGUUAUGGCUUGAGGUCGGUAAUCGGAGCUGGUAAUUGGCUACGUUUUUGAUAAUGGCAAGUGAACGGCCAGCCAUAUUAUAAGUGCCGAAAUAUACGAAUGGUCUGCUUUGUUUAGCUCCUUACUAAUUGAGUGCAUUUAUUUCUUGCAGAUGUGAAGGAGUACCACGGAUGAUAGAAACCCAUUGGGCAUUUGACUACUUUUAA